AAGAUUUUGUUUAGGGAACCAAGCUCCCGGUUAUGCAAUCUUUUGUUUAGUACAUUGGGAGUAGUAGUUCUAGGGAUUGGAGAUUAAUAUAUUUUCUAGUUAAACCUUGUGUUUACUUCUGUUAUGAGCUGGGUAUGGCGUCCUACCUUUAACAACGCGUGCGCAUGGUUUCAUGUUACAUGUGACUAUCAUAGUAGUGUAACUCGAGUUGAUCUUGGAAGUGCAUCUUUAUCUGGGCAACUAGUUCCACAGCUAGGACAGCUUAAGAAUUUGCAGUACUUGGAACUCUUCAAUAACAAUAUAAGUGGACCAAUUCCUAGUGAACUCGGAAAUUUGACAAACUUGGUCAGCUUGGAUCUUUAUUUGAAUAGUUUUACAGGUUCUAUUCCAGAGUCACUGGGGAAGCUGUCUAAGUUGCGGUACCUUCGGCUUAACAACAACAACUUGACGGGUCCCAUUCCAAUAUCGUUGACCAAUAUCUUGUCGCUUCAAGUAUUGGAUCUGUCUAAUAAUCGCCUUUCUGGAGAGGUUCCAGACAAUGGCUCCUUUUUACUGUUCCGUCGCGACAGUUUUGCUAAUAACUUGGACCUAUGUGGCCCUGUUACUGGGCGCCCUUGCCCAGCCCCAAUUUCUUCUUCAGGUGAAGGUAGUGCCACUGGUGCAAUUGUUGGAGCAAUCUCUGGUGGUGCUGCCUUGCUUUUUAUUGUCCUAGCAAUUGCAUUUGCAUUCAAAUCAAAAGAAAGUCUAAAAUUUAAGAUCCCUAGGUGGGAUGAGUGGCAAAAGGUGGAAAUUCUUCAGCAAGAGGUCAAACUCGCCUCUCACCCUAAUACUAACUGGAUCAUUGACUCAACAGAAAAUCUACAUGCAAUUGAGUUAUCUGGUCCGAGUCCAUUAAACUCUCUGCUACUAGCCGCUGAAGCCAGGGAUCCCGCAUCCGAUCAAGUCUUUGACCAGUCGCCGGCAGGCCAGCCGGGCCGUGAGCGCGGUGGAACGGGCUUCCCAAAAAGCCAGCCCCGAUUUCAUUCCCAUUUCGAUUCCAAGAGCUCCUCCACAAGCUAUUUCCGAUUUUAAUUCCAAUUUCUCUGAAGUUCCAAUUGAAGGUUCUCCUCGAUUUCAUUCUCAUUUCUGAUUGCAUGUUCAAUAAAAUGCAGUUUUUUUGAUUGGGGGCAUUCAGCCCAGGCUCGGUGUUGCUCUCUGGUAAUUUUACUGGACUCCGGUGACGGCGUAGACAUUGUCCAGCAACCUCUGCAACUUCGAUCUCCCUCUCUCUUUCGAUUAUUGAAGAAGGUUCUUCUCGCUGGUAAACAGCACUCUUCAUUGGAAUUGAUUUCAUCCUUCCACAGCUGUCAACAUUGGAAAGGGUCAACAAGGAGUGCCAACCUUUCCAGAUGCAUCUUAAUUAAAGUAAUGAUGCUACUGGUGGCAGCAAUGUAGAGCAUUUAUAUAUGAAAAUUUCAAGGCUGCAGUGACUUUAAGUGUCAGUAGCAAAAAUGUCAGUUUCUAGUUAUUUUGUGUUUGAAUAUGGCAACUUAAGCUUUUGAAUGCUUUUAGACAUGGUUGUAUGCUAUUUAGAUAUCAUUUUCUAUCAUUUUUUGGGGAUAGCAUUUAGUGUAUUUUGUUUUUGGGACUUAAACAUUUGGAUAUUAUUGUUAUAAUUUCGCUAGAUAUGAAAAAAAUUAGGCAUUUAAUAAUAUGUCAAUCUUUUG